AUGCAACUUCUAGUCAGCCCCGAUACGGAGGAGAUUAUCCAAGCCAACGAGAAUCAAGUAUUUGGCUCUGGGAGCCUAGCUGGCUCUGCCUUGUCAAACGCCAUUUCCAAUAACCUUGCAUACGAUGCGGAUCCACUUCCAGCCCAGCCUUCUUUUGUCCGACGCGACAAUAGAAGCUUGGUGACUCUUGGCCGACCUACGAGCUAUUUGGACCCCUUUGUUAGAGUACCAGGAAGCAGCCCUUGGAAUUAUUCGGCUGGACUUCAGUUCGAACAGCCUCAUGAGUUCUCACGUUCUCAGAACUAUGGCCUCGGAAACACUCUGUGCAACAAUCCUUGGAAUCCAGUGGUCCAUUCCGAGGUCCAGGCAUGGGAUUUCAACAAUUGUCAGUCCAGUACUAGGGUGUCAGGCACAACGUCGACGACCGUACCCGCUUUCACCCGCAGCAAUAGCGGUAACACCGAUGUUGGAACGUGGCAUAAUGUUGAUGCUCAAGAUAACAACUAUUCUAUUCCUGGCCACAAUUUGGCCAAUGGCAACUUGGAGGCUUUGAAUGCUUCAGUCAUCGGCAAUCAUCCAUUGGACAUACUCUCCAUGGGCGUUGGACAGGCUGCGUACGAGAGGCUGAUGUCUGGACUUGAUGAUGUCUCUCAACAGGGACCAUGGGGUUAUGGUACGGCGAUUUGUGGACAGACUCUCUCUACAAAUCUCUUCCCGGACCCUGGUCCGUCCCCCCAGCCCAGUGGUGGUAUUUUGAGUAUUGCAGAAAGCCAGAGCCUUUUGUUUCUGGAAUCUCAUGCCCAAGACUUUCAGAACGGAUUUCAUCUGGCCCAGGGUUCAUCACCGGGCACUAAUCAAACGAGCCCUCCGCAGCAGUCCGCUAUCACAGUCCGCCAUUACUCCUGCUCCAAUGGCAAUUGCACGAAAGUGUUCAGGCGGAAGUCUGAUCAUGCUCAUCACAUCCGAGCUGUCCAUGGAGUCAAUCGUGUCCAGUACUUCUGCCAUGUCCAAGGAUGUCCAAAGAGCCAAGGCCAAGGCCAGGGAUACAGCCGCGAUGACAAGCUCACUGAGCACUUGUGGAAGAAGCAUGGUAAUUUGGGGUAUUCGAAGAGCAGAUAG